AUGCCCAACCCGACCGUGGGCCAGCCUUGCGGGUGCGCAGAGGCGCGUGCCCUCGUGCGCUCGCAGCGCGGCGUGUGCCCUGGCUGCGCUGCGGGGGCGGGCUUCUGCGCGGGCGGCGCCGGGGCCGGUCCUGGCGCCGAGGCGCAGGCGCUGCCAGCAGCGGAGAGCACCACGACCGGCGGCGCCACAGCAGAAUCGGUGAUGCCAUGCUUCUGCGAUGGCGAAGUGGCACCUGGGAAGGACUGGACGGUUGGGCAGAGGGCGCGGUGUUGUUCGGCGAGGGGAAAGGGGUGUUAUGAUACAUCGACGACCACCACGAGUGCUACGAGCAGCACGUUCAUCACCACCACUGCGACGAGCAGCACUUCAAUCUCCACAGUUAGUCAGCGCUGA